AUGAUGCUACAAGACGUGACGGACCCAAUGCUCUGUAGAGUGUUCCCAGCGACACUGCAAGGUUUGGCACAGAAGUGGUAUUCGCAUCUCAAAGCUGGCUCAAUCGGUUCCUUUCCUGAUUUGGCCACAGGAUUUAAAGCACGCUUCAGGACCAACAUCCCAAUGCAAAAAAGUUCCAGCGACUUAAGAAAAUGUAAACAAGGAGACCAAGAAACGUUGAAGAAUUUUGUGGAGAGAUUCAAUAAAGAGGCGGUCCAAAUCGAGAAUCUGAAUCACGACACAGCCAUAGAGGCCAUGAAGAUUGGGACCCGAUUUGAAGAGCUCCGAGACAAAAUUCUGAUGAAAAAACCAACCACCUUCCAGGACUUAAUGCUGAUAGCACACAAGUAUGUGGAACUAGACGAAGCCAGGAGAACUUUGACCAAGAAGUCGGAGACAACAAAAUAA